GGUACUACUAGUCUGUGCAGAACAAAACCCAUAAGCAACCGGCUCAUUACUCCUCCGGCCAAGAUCAUAUCGCAUACUCGUCAUGGAACCAUAUGGCUCAUUCAUAAAAGAGAAAAGGUGAGACAAGGGAAGAGGAGAAGAUGAUGCUCGACAAGGGCUCCCUGGACCUGGUGCUGGUGCCGUGCGGCCUGGUCAUCAUGUUCGGCUACCACCUCAUCCUCCUCUACCGGAUCCUCCGGCAUCCGGCCGCCACCGUCAUCGGCUACGAGAAUCACAACAAGCUGGCGUGGGUCCGUCGCAUGUCCCAGGCGGCUCCGGAGGAGACCGGGCUGGCGCUGAGCGUGAUCUCCAGCAGUAUCGCGGCGUCGACGAACCUGGCCUCGCUGUCCAUCGCGCUGGGCUCGCUCAUCGGCGCCUGGGUCAGCAGCACAAGCAAGGUGUUCAUGACGGAGCUCGUCUACGGCGACAACAGCCAGGCGACGGCGGCGGUCAAGUACAUCUCCCUCCUCGUCUGCUUUCUGGUGUCCUUCACUUGCUUCAUCCACUCCGCGAGGUACUAUGUCCAAGCCAGCUUCCUGGUGACCACGCUGGACUCGGACGUCCCGGCGAGCUACAUGCAGCAUGCGGUGAUCCGGGGCGGCAACUUCUGGUCCAUGGGGCUCCGAGCACUCUACUUCGCAACGACGCUGCUGAUGUGGAUAUUCGGGCCGAUACCGAUGUUUGUCUGCUCAGUGUUCAUGGUGUUCAUCCUACACAUGCUGGACAGCAACUCCCUGCCCCUGCACCAGUACCAGUUCACAGUCAGGAAACGGCCUGAUCAGGGGGCUCUGGCUUCUAUUCUAGCUACAAGCCAACCAAGUCCUCGAAAUGCGAUUAUCAACAACCCGAUAUUAUCGCCUGUAACAUUCUUCAGUUGAUCAUGUAAAUAUUUUGUUACAGAACCUGCAUGUAUGUGCAAACUGCAGAGGCCGGAGGUAAUCCUUAAGGAAAAAAAGAACCUGCACGUAUGUGCAUGAUCAGCCA